CCAUACAGAAAUUAUUUUAUUAACUCAAGUUGGGAAGCAGUAAAGGAGCUGGCAAAACUUGGUCUUGGUGGUAGUGUUGAACUUAAGAUUCUGCAUCUUCCAGUGGAAUAUAGUGAAGUGGAAAAAAAGAUCAAAUGGAUAUGGACGGAGUUGCAGCCGCAGCUGUCUGUGCAUGUUGGAAUGAUGUCUUCAUCCAAAGCAAUUGCCCUGGAGCAAUGCGGAAGAAACAAAGGCUACAUGGAGAAAGACCUCAGCGGCGCUCACCCACAAGGAGGCUGCUGUUUGCUGGAAGGACCGGAAAGAAUAGAGUCUGCCGUGAAUAUGAAAAGCGUCUGCAAAAACAUAUCAUGGCCAGGGGUUCAUGUUAUCCAUUCCAGAGAUGCAGGGAGGUACCUCUGUGAAUAUGCCUACUAUCUCUCCCUGUACUGUGGCUCUGGAAAAGCAGUUUUUAUUCAUGUGCCACCAUUAAGUAGAAUCAUAACUUCGAGAAUACUGGGACAAGUCUUGCAUAUCAUCAUCCAAGAAGUGCUGAGACAGCUGAAUAACACCUAUGUGGUUGACGAGAACAGCAGAUUUGCUCAGGUGUAG